GACAGGUUGCGAGCAGAUGUCGAGAUGUUGGGGCGCGCCCUAGCUGGCACACUGGACUCCGUUCCAGCAAUGCUCUUUGACUCUGGAGUGAGUACAUCUGCCGUAGAUCAAAUGGGACGCUUUCUUUUUCGCAUCCGCAUGCUACCCGGGUAUCACCAGCACUCUUACUUCUACUUGAGGAUGGACUGCCUCCAGCGUCUUCUGGCUACUGGCAUUGACCUUCGAUCAAUUGUUAUCGACCCAUUUUCCGCUUUCCAAGUGGCGGUCCUCCAGUUCAAGUUUCUUGGCAUACGGCGGUACCUGAAAGCCAUCCUUCACCACCUGCGGUGUGUUCAAAAACGUAGGCCUCCGCCACUGCAGACUUUGCUUGAAAUGGCCAUUCGGUGCGGACAGCUGGAUGUUACAAAGCUGCUGAUUCUGCGAGGCUAG